UUGGCUCCAGCGUGCCGCAUUUUCCGACGACCCGAGUUGACUCGGGCCCCAGCUGGUCAUGGAAGUCGACCAGGAGUAUCCGGGUACGUCUGUGGAGCGCUUGAGAAAUAUCCAGGCUCGAGUGAAGAGUCUGACGCCGCUGGAUCUCAGCAAGGACUGGGAAGAGGUCCGGCGCAAGAUCCUUUGGGCAGGCGGGCUGAAGGACCUGCCCAGCACCCGGCCCGGUCAGGGCUACACCGGUCAUUCUUUCAAUGACGACAACCACUGCGAUCUCACGCCCAUGCUGGGGGAGGUUGCCCACAAUCUCCAUGGCGGGGAGAUUCGCGGGAUCGCCAUGGGCAAUCGGCUAGGCCCGGGCAUCGAGAUCGCGAGCCUUCCGGAGUUGGGCGUUGGGGGCUCUUGGAGCACCUGUACCAACGGCUGCCACUUUGAUCCGCCCCAGGAUGUGGCACACGUGCAGUUCAGGUCGCGCAUUGCUUUCAAGCUGGUUUGGGCCCCCCCAGACUUCGGCAGCUUCGUGCUGGUGGAUGACAGACAUGGGGCCAAUUUCCUCUCGGCGAAGCAAGUGGCGCAUACCUCAACCACGGGACACCCACUGGUGACCUGCCAGACCCGAGAGCCAGACGCUCCAACUACGGCUUGGUGAAGGGCAGCAAGUACGCGCGGGAGGCUGAUCGCCUGAUGGAGAGAUUGUCGGGUGGAUGAGGUGCUGAGCCUUCACGAUUUUCCCAGCUGACCGGCUGGCUCAGAAACACAGACGUG